AGUCUAGCCCCAUACGCAUACGUCAUCCCUGCUUUUCACCCGCAGAACCCACCUGCAUCUGCAUCAUUCGAGCGCGCGUCUACCCAGCAGUGCAACGAGGCAGACACCCGACAUCCCUACCCUUUCGCAUACCCACGAGGCCCGAAUCCUUGAUUAGUUCGUCGGUAGUUACCGCCUCGCACAGAAUAACUGGCACGCCGGUGCCACACGAUCCCUCGAUAGAGUCACAUCGCAACCGGGUGCAACAUGCCUGGAUCGUUUUCGAGGAUUCGCGACAAGGCGAGGCGCCACUUGGGUGAUCCUAGUCCGGACGAGGCCUAUCUUUCUUAUCACGAUGUGAGGGUGACGCGAGCCGAUCUGGACAGUAUCAAGUCUAAUGACUGGCUUACGGACAAUGCAAUCGCCUUCUGGCAAGAAUACCUCGAGCGGGAAGAGCUCAACGCCUUCCCCAAAGCAUCCAUCGUCCUCCUCCGCCCCUCCAUGUCCUACAUGCUCAUGCAAAGCGCCGAGCCCCUCUCCCUCAAAGAAGUCCUCCCAAACUUCAGUCACACGACCCACGUCUUCCUGCCGAUAAAUGACAACAUCGACGUCACACAAGCCGAAGGCGGCUCGCAUUGGUCCCUCCUUCUUGUCUCUAUCAUCGACGGCGUGUCCUUCCACUACGACUCCAUGACCCAAUCUAACGAGCGGGAAGCACGGAGUACGACUAUGAAGCUGGAACAACUGUUGGGUAAACGACUGCGGUUUAUCCCUAUGAAUGAUAGCCCGCAGCAAGAGAACGGCAGCGACUGUGGCGUCUUCGUUUGUGUGCUCAUGCGGCAUUUACUGCUUAAGAGGCUGCUUCGGGCCGAUGCAAGCAAGAAGGUUAGCAUGAGCAUGCGGGAUGCACACAUCAACGCGAAGGAUGGACGGAGAACUAUGCUCAAGGUCAUCGAGGAGAGGAGAGACGAGGGCAAGCGGAGACGCUCAGGAAGCCACUCGCCGUUUAGGAAUCCCUCCGCCCACUCCAAGAGCCCGCCACGCAUAGGCGACGAACAGUCGCAGGAGCGUUAGUACCCGCUGUGAUUUGUAUCGAAGGAAUUUCCUUGCCGAGCCCUAUGCGAUGGAGAUGAAGAACACAGCCUGUUCUCCUGUGUGAACAUAGCACUACAUACACUGCGUCCACGGUUAUACAUAC